UUUUCGCCCUCACGGCCUCAGUCGUUUUGCUCCAAAUCGAAGUCGUUUCGCUCCCUUGUAUUGGACUCGGUGUAGAAGUAGAAAAUAUCCCCUCGAAAAAAUGUCCCGCUCUUAAAGGGGGACUAAAGAUCUAACAAAUAAACAUGCUGUGUGCCACCUUAAGCAGAAGAAGCAGUGGCCUCAUCAGAGGAAUCACUGGAAUUAUCCAAAGGCAGGCAUUCACCCAUGCUAUGGAUGAUAAUCUACCAAAGAUAAGAGUUCCCCAGCAGAUGGUGAAGAAGAUAAACAAAGUCCUGAAGAAGCAGGCUAUAGUCGCUGCAACCUCGUCAAAGAAAUGCCACAGUGAUGCUGUGGUCAUCAGUUGUAAAAGAAAGGAGUACAAUCACCACAUGGGAGAAGAAUAUAGCGACUUUACACCGCAGAUGUUGGCAUCGCACGGAUGGAAACAUAAACAGUCUCCUGGAGACCAUUUUACUAUCAACAAAUUUGCUUCGAUCCCAGCAUUCAGAAACAUCGAUGAAGGCUCGUUUGAGGUAUUGGAACUACAGCCAGAUGUUUUACAAAUCAUCAAAGAUAUGAAUCUAAAACAUCCAACAAAUAUUCAGGCGGAGGCUAUACCUAAAUUACGCUCAGGCAACAACACAUUACUUGCCGCAGAAACUGGCAGUGGUAAAACGUUGGCCUAUCUUAUACCCGUGAUAGAGAGUAUCCUUCACCACCAUACCACCUAUGGGAUAAAUGAGGAAGUGCGUUCUCCACAAGCUGUCAUAUUAGCUCCCUCAAGAGAACUCGCACUACAAAUUGCAGAUGUUGCAGAAAAAUUUGCUGGUCCUCUAGGUUUGAACGUGGUGUCCUUGAAAGGAGGACAACGUCUGCAUGGCCAGUGUAAGUCGCAGCUAGUGGAUAUACUAGUGGCGACUCCUGGUGUGUUGAGAAAAGCUAUAAUGGCAGGGCAUUACACAAUAUCUCGAGCUCAGCAUCUUGUGAUAGAUGAGUGUGACACGCUGAUGGAUGAUAGUUUUAAUGGCCUCAUCAAGUUCAUCAUGAGGAGAAUGCAGAUCCAGAGUUCAAUACGCAAGAGUGACAUCGGUGAUGGAGCUCAGCUUAUCAUGGUUGGUGCUACAGUUCCCAAAGAUCUGCAGAAUAUACUUGAAGGGCUUGUUUCUGUGGACUCAUUGGCAAGAGUCACCACGCCUUAUUUACACAGAGUGAUGCCUCAUGUUGUGCAAAAGUUCUACAGGCUUACGUCUGAACAAAGACCUGCUGAGAUGCUUCGACUGGCUAAAUCGAGUUCAAGGGGCAACAUUCCGACAAUGGUCUUCUGCAAUCAGACAUCAACGUCUGCCUGGUUAUGUCACUUCCUUCAAGAAAGUGGCGUCGAAUCAUUGCUCAUGCAAGGGUCACUGAAAGAAGAGCUCAGACGCAAUAUUUUUGAACGAUUUAGAAAUAAGGAGAAAAGUAUUCUAAUCUCCACUGACAUAGCUUCGAGGGGUUUAGACACCGUACAUGUUCAGCGAGUCAUCAAUUAUGACUUUCCUCUCUUUAUGUCAGACUACAUCCAUCGAGUAGGGCGUGUUGGCCGGGUAGGAAGUAAACAUGUGGGACAUGUCUCGAAUUUCAUCGUGCACAAAUGGGAUGUGGAUCUGGUGUGGAAAAUAGAGACUGCCAUUCGCAAGAUGACUGAUCUUCACAACGUUAACGCUAACAUCAAAAAGAAGCUCUUGUCACUCUCAGAGGCCAGAGAGUUACAAGGGGAGAAAGGUCCAAGGCCUAUAUCGCCUGAUGAAGGAUGAACUAUUUUCUUCUGUCUUCAAUAUGUUUGUACAUGUACUGUCUGUUUGAAAAAGUGAUUUUUUUAUAAUAAAGUUUCAAUUCAUUUCAAA